AUGGUUUUUCCCAAACCGAUUGCUUACAUUGAAAUUACAACCGAACAUUUUGAUCUUGCAUACAAUCAUCCAUCAGUUCUCCAUGAACUUCAAAGAGAAUGCAAUAAACUAUCAAUUCCAUCACUCCAAACUAGUUUUGGGAUUGUACCGAAUACACUUUCACAACCUUCAAAAAGAAAAUCUUGGAAAAAGAAGAAUAAUAAUACAAAGAUAUUGGAGUGUCAUUUGAGUGUAGAGAAGAUCAAAGAAGAUCCGUGGACAUGGAGAAAAUAUGGAGAAAAAAUCAUCAAAGGGUCUUCACAUCCAAGGAGCUACUACAAAUGUAGCAGCUUCAAAGAUUGUCAAGCAAAAAAACUAGUAGAAAAAAGCAAAAACAAAGAGAAUACUUAUGUUGUGACGUAUAAAGGAAAACACAAUCAUAAAGAGCCAAAAUGUAACAACAAAUUUGUCACUGGCACCUCCCGAAACAAGUCAUCAAAGAGAGUAUUAUCUACUUCUAAAGCUGUUGAAUCAUCCUCAAAUGUAAGAAGCAUGGGUUCACCUAAUGUUGUAAUGGCACACUUUAAUCAGACAGAGAAUAUCAAUGCUCAAAUUCUCUCGCCUCAAUCAAAAGUCCUAUAUCCAGAAAAUGAGCUUACAUCAAAUGGUUUGCUUGUUUCCCAAGAAACGGUAUCGUCUUCAAUUGUUGGAAACUCGGGAUCAUCUAAUGUGAUGAAGUUGCAGUUUGAUGACCCAAAGAGAGGUGGUGCUCAAGUUUUGACUUGUGAAUCAAUAAUUCCUUGUUCACAAACAAAAUCAAUUGGAAGUUGUGAUGAUGAUGACCAUGAAAUUUUGAUACCAAACAUGAGAGCAAUGUCGGAGGAUAUUUUACUAGACUUCAACCACCUCAAUGGUGGUAGGUUAUUCUCUUAGUUGGGUCUAACACAUUAAGUUUUCUAGAUUUGAGUUGAUCUAGUUUUAGAUUGUCCCUAAGUAAUAUAUGAUUCAAUGAUUUUUUUUCACCACCGAUCCACUAGACUGACUAAGGUUUGGCGGUCAAGUUCUGACAUCAUAUGGUUCUAACCACCUCCCGUUCGUAGUAUUCAAAUGACUCUUCUAAUUGAUGAGAAAAUGGUAUAAAUAAAUAUUAUUAUUUGCUCCUUUUUCUCUAACCAAAUACUCUUAAUUAAA